CCGGGCACCAAAUCGUGCACGUCCGGGGGGACUCGGAGACCGACCUGGAGGCGCUCUUCAAUGCCGUCAUGAACCCCAAGACGGCCAAUGUGCCCCAGACUUUGCCCAUGAGGCUACGGAACCUGCCGGACUCUUUCUUUAAGCCGCCGGAGCCUAAGUCCCACUCACGACAGGCCAGUACCGAUACAGGCACUGCUGGAGCCCUAACUCCUCAGCACACUCGAGCUCAUUCCUCCCCAGCUUCCCUGACACAGGGCUCCGUGUCUCCUGGAACCCUGACUCCCACCGGAGUGGUUUCUGGCCCAGCAGCUGCACCCACAGCUCAGCACCUCCGACAGCCUUCUUUUGAGAUACCUGAUGAAGUACCUCUGCCGGCUGGCUGGGAGAUGGCCAAGACUUCAUCUGGUCAGAGAUACUUCUUAAAUCACAUCGAUCAGACAACCACAUGGCAGGAUCCCAGGAAGGCCAUGUUCUCCCAGAUGAACGUCACAGCCCCCACCAGUCCCCCAGUGCAGCAGAAUAUGAUGAACUCGCCCUCAGGUCCUCUUCCUGAUGGAUGGGAACAAGCCAUGACUCAGGAUGGAGAAAUUUACUAUAUAAACCAUAAGAACAAGACCACCUCUUGGCUAGACCCAAGACUUGACCCUCGUUUUGGUAAAGCUAUGAACCAGAGAAUCAGUCAGAGUGCGCCAGUGAAGCAGCCACCUCCGCUGGCCCCCCAGAGCCCACAGGGAGGCAUCAUGGGUGGUGGCAGCUCUAACCAGCAGCAACAGAUGCGGCUACAGCAGCUUCAGAUGGAGAAAGAGAGGCUGCGACUGAAGCAGCAAGAACUGCUUCGGCAGGUGAGGCCACAGGCAAUGCGGAAUAUCAAUCCCAGCACAGCAAAUUCUCCAAAAUGUCAGGAAUUAGCUCUCCGUAGCCAGUUGCCAACACUGGAGCAGGAUGGUGGGACUCAAAAUCCAGUGUCAUCUCCUGGGAUGUCUCAGGAACUGAGAACAAUGACGACCAAUAGCUCAGAUCCCUUUCUGAACAGUGGCACCUACCACUCUCGAGAUGAGAGCACAGACAGCGGGCUGAGCAUGAGCAGCUACAGUGUCCCUCGAACCCCAGAUGACUUCUUGAACAGUGUUGACGAGAUGGAUACAGGUGAUACAAUCAACCAAAGCACCCUACCCUCACAACAGAAUCGCUUUCCAGACUACCUGGAGGCCCUUCCUGGGACAAAUGUGGACCUUGGAACACUGGAAGGAGAUGGAAUGAACAUAGAAGGAGAGGAAUUGAUGCCAAGUCUGCAGGAAGCUUUGAGUUCUGACAUCCUUAAUGACAUGGAAUCUGUUUUGGCUGCCACCAAGCUAGAUAAAGAAAGCUUUCUUACAUGGUUAUAGAGCCCCUCAGGUAGACUGCAUUCAUAAUCUGUGAAGGAUCUAAGGAGAUAAGACAUAUAUACCUGAAGUUUCCAAAUAAGCCAGUUGGCAAUAUUCUGGCUAAUACAGAAAAAGAUGAACAAACGUCCAGCAAGAUUCUUUUCAUCCACUAUUUUGUUCUUCCUUGUCCAUUGCUGCUGUUAAUAUAUUGCUGACCUCUUACAUAGUUGGCCCUAAGAAUCAAAAAACCCUUUUUUGUUUCUUUGCUAUUAUAACUACUGUUUGUUUGGGGGCUGGGGGAAGUGAGCCUGUUUGGAUGAUGGAUGCCAUUCCUUUUGCCCAGUUAGGUGGUCACCGAUCAUUUUAACUACACACUCAGACUUGGAAGUCAAAUGCUUCAUGGCACAGCAUUUAGUUUGUUCAAGCAAUUGUUUCUUCAGCUGCCUUUGGCCAGUGGAAAAGCAUGACUUACUGGUCUGACAAGCCAAAAAUGUUGUAUCUGAUAUUAAGUUCUGAAUGCUGAUUUGAAGGGAUAACUGAAACCAAGGCUGAAGACUAUUUUACUGUUUUUACCUACUAGUGCUAUCAUUAGUCACAUAGUGACCUUGAUUUUAUUUUAGGAGCUUAUAAGGCAUGAGACAAUUUCCAUAGAAAUAUAUUAAUUAUUGCCACAUACUCUAGUAUAGGUUUUGGUGGAUUUUAUUGUGGGUUUAUUUUGGUUUGCUUUGUUUUCAUUGGAUUUGUUAGUUCCCACCACCCCCACCCAACCAACCUAGGCAAAUUACCAUAGUAGUAAAUCUGUUUAUAGUUGUAGCACAGGGUUUAUUGUAGUUCCUUUGGUAAAAAUCUACAUUUUCUUGUUUUUUUUUUGGUUUUUUUUUACCAUUUUAUUUAAAUCUUGAUUAUCUGCUCUCAUGUAUACCCACACACACACACUUAGAAUGUUUAUCAUAGUGUGAUAGCAGAAUGUAUCUCUCUUUUUUCUAGGUUUCUCUAUCUAGUUUAUUUUAAAGUGGUAGUUUUGAAUGUAUGCAUUUAGAAUACAUGAUUAGUGUUUAUAUUUAAUAGUUGGAGCAGUUUAUGUCUGUUGGGGCUGUCUUCAGGUUUGAGGUAGUUUAGGGAUUAGUGCCUGGAGGAGUACUGUGUGCCCUCUGGGUGUACGGUAAAUGUUACCUAAUGAAUUUGAAUUAAAUAAACAAGAAACGGCUUUAUUUUCCCCUUUAUUACUCCCUUGGACUAAUGCUAAGUCUUAAUGGGAAAUCAAUGAGUAGGUUCAUAAUGUACAUGACAAAAUAAACUUUUUAUAUAGUAGUUUUACCUUCCUUUAGCUUUGAAAUUUUACCUUUACCUUAUUUUUGGAAGUAAAUUCUAGUACUUUUUAGCUCUCACUUGCAAUGACUGCAUUAAAGACUAGAUUGACAUAAUACUUACAAAAUUGUUCUUACUUGCUCCUAAUUCUGUAUGCUGAGAACUUACCCCUAAACAGUAUAUAGAAUACUGUAAGGUCUGAAUUAGCUGGUGAAGUGAUCAGAUUAAUAGUUGUAUAUUAGUAGUUAAAUUUAGAAAAGAAAUAGAGAUAAUCAUGAUUAUCCUUUUAUUUUUACAGGAAGAAAUAUAACUAGAGUAUGUGUCUACAGGAGUAAUAAAGGUUUCCAAAGAGUAUUUUUUUAAAGGAACAAAAUGAGCAUGAAUCAACUCUUCGGUAUAAGCUAUGAAGUAAUGGUUGGUUGCGAUUGUGGGGGCACCAGUAGGCCACCUCUAUGAUUAAGGGUUUUGCAG